UGCUUCAGAUUCUGUGUCUCCCCCUCUCUCUGCCCCCGCCCCACUGGUGCUAUGUCUCUCUCUCUCUCUCUCUCUCUCUCAAAAAAAAAAUUAAAUAAAAAUUAAAAAAAAAAAGGAGGAUGUCUUUAUGAUAUAAUGUGCAGUGUAAAUAUGUAGUAUGAAUUCUGAUUUGGGAGUAUUUGGGUAGUGGAGUGAAGAUUGGAUUACCUCCAGGUGAUUAUAGCCUCUAGGUAAGAACAUCUCAUCUUGCAGGGUUGAGACUGUAACAUUAACGUAUUUGAAUAUGUCAGAUGCCCUUAUCCGCUUCAUGUGAUGUUGCCUCGUGCAGACAUCAGCAUGUUGUUGCCUGGUUAGACCGAGGUGGGUCAGGAAAGCAGGCCUCCUGCUGGCAGUGGCACUUCUCUGCGGCAGAGUGAGGUAUUCUUAGUUGUGGCUUUCAUGCCGGGUAAGCAGGAAGCAGGGACUGCAGCCGAAGAAUAUUGAGAGGAGUGUCUAGAUUACGGAAUGGCAAGCUACCUCGUGGCUGCGAAGACAUUCUGCUUUCUUCCAGUCUGAUACAGCGCCAAGAGUACUGACAGGAGACUGGUGUUCUAGAUUCACUUCUGGCACCAAUUAGCUGUAUGACUUCAGGCAGGUGGUUGCCUUUUCUGCUUCAGUUACGUCAUCUGCAAACUGAGAAUAAGAAAACCUGCCCUGCUACUGGAGAGAAGGAUUACAGGGAUCAGAUUGAUCUAGGGUACUGUUAAACCAUUACAUCUUAGAGACCUCCUGAGGAUGUUUAGCUUGGUGAGUGAGGUGAGAACAUUCAGUGAUCAGGCUGGUGGGGCAACCACGUGCAGGGGGAUUCCCUGCCACGUCUUGGAACCUCAUCCAGCAAACAGCUCUCAAAAAGCAGGGCUGGGGAGUGGGAGACAGUCUAUGGAGGUUCCACUGAGGUAUGUCAGCCUAGCUGCUAUUUGCCAUUUCAGUUUCACCCAGGCCGGUGCUUUUUCUAAGUGCUUCAGAGCUGCCCAGCCACUUUGGUUACAUCAUCAAUCUGGCAUCUAAUCUUAGUUGCAUGGGAUGUGUCUCUCACUCACCAGAUUCCUAAAUUGUGAGAAAAUACAGAUAUGUUGACGGGUUUGUCUGCCUGCCUGACCUUUUGGUUUUCUCUCUGCCUACUUCAUCCCUAAUUCCCUUGUGCCAUCCUGGUCCUCCUGCCUUGCCUCCUCCACUCCCUCCACAUCAUUUCAUAACCGAUGCUUUUUCAUUUCACUGGCUGGCACAAACUUGGUUUCCUUAGCAGUGGUUUUCUGGUCCUUCCACUGUCAAAGUGUUCACAUCAUGCUUGAGCUGCUUACAACUCUGAUGCUUCCUGAACAAGUGCAGUGACAGCUAAGGAUGUGAAUUUCAGUUCUGCUUCUUUACCCUCUAGGGGAGAGGCUGUCCACUUUCUCUAGGUAGUUUAGGGCAGGGAAAUUGGGUCCCAGUCUUCACUACUUCCCUUCCAUCCCCCAGGUUGUUACCAGAAUGAUCUAAAUGAUCUAAAUGGAAAUGUUAUUUACUUGCUCAAAGCCUGAUGACUCCCCUCUGCUCAUCCAGGCUCGGGGGCUACCCGGACACACAGAUGGCUUUGUUUUUGUCCAGCACCAUGUUGGCCUUCACAAGGUUCAAAAUGAUUUAAAUUAGUAAGAACAUUAAAGAUCGGAAGAUGGGUUAUAAAACCCAUGGUUUGGGUUUUUCUCGAAAGACUGGUAGAUGGCAAUGCUGGGCACCAGGAACUUGGUAGCGCUGCCCCUUAGCCACAGCAGUGUUCUCCAGAUGACACAGCUGCCACUCUGGCCUUGUCACUCCCUUAUGUUACCUAGGGAGGUUCUGGUGUUUGACACCUCUCCACCCCGUCCCCUGCUACAGGAUCAAGUUCAACUUGAGUACUUGAGUUGAGAUCAACUCUUUAUGAGGUAUACAGGAUCCAUACCAAUUCCUUUAGGCCCCAACUACAUCUGUCCCCACCUCCUGCCCCAUGCCAGGCUUUCCCAGAAUAGCUCUGCUGUGAAAUGCUAUGAAAUGAUGAGUUGUUUGCUUGUUUGAGUUUGCUAACCCGUACAUUUUAUUAUUUUUUUAAACGAAGAGACCCAUCUUGCAGAUCCCUCUGGAGCAUCCAUUACAGGCAAGGGAUGUGCCUGGCUUGGCCACACCACAAUUGUGGAGUGUUUCAAGGAAGUUACAUUUUAGAUUUUCAUGGCCUAUUGAUCUAAAGCUUCAGUGAAGGGCAAGAAGAGAGGAAGGAACAGAUGGGUUUCUUUCUGUGGUUUCGGUUGUUUCCAAGACAAAUCCGUUGCAUUAGGUUACUUGGUCAUGUAUUUGCAGACAUUCUGCUCUCUGAAGCUGAGGAUAGCAGCAAAGUGGCUUACCUUGGUUGGGAUAUCUGUUUUCAAACAUUGCCCAUUCUUUCCCAGAAUUACAGGAAAAUUGAUAUGUCAGUUAGCCUCAUUACUUGAACUUCUAGACGAUAAAAUAAGUUCAAGUUAUUGAGUAAUUACUUCCUUUAUCGCUGUUCACAUCAAGUCUAGGAGCUUGCAGUAGAGUGAUGUUCAGAAAACUAGGCAUUUGCUUCUCCAAUUUCAAGAAAUGGCUGUAUAGGUUGGGCUUUAUCUUACUGGGGUCAUUACUUGCUCCAAGUUCCAUUCUGUGCUGGUUCCAAAACUUGAUUUCCCCAGGAGGAGUCAGGCUUUUGGAAUUUAUGUCAUCCUACUCAAACUCAUAAGAUCUAUCUAUAAACUACAAUAUCCCUUUUCUGUUUAUUUACUGAACACCUAUUGAGUGUAUGGCCCUGUCCUAAUCUCUGGAGAAACAAAAAUAAAUCACAAAUAUGAUGUGGUCCCUGCCAUUUAGAAGCUUAUGGUCUAGAAGUGGGACAGAUAGGCAAACAAAUACAUUAUAUAUCAUAUGCUAAGUGUAGGGUGACCUUACAUCCUGGGGACAUCCUGGUUUGUGCUUGCUGUCUGGUGUAACUAUUAAUAGUGUCCCCUUUCGAAACCAUCUAAGGGCCACAGUAAAAGUUUCUUUGAGAGGAUGGGGUAUAGAGAUGGUAGAAACAGGAGAAAUCAGCCUGCUUUCUCAGACUAAACCCUUGAGUUGGGUAUUGAAGGAAGUUUGGGAAGUCAAGGUCUGGGAGCUCGAGGUGGGGGUAAGGGGGUGGGAAUGUGCAGAACUCUACAGGAAAAAGAGAAAUAGUUCCAGCAGCAGCAAUUAGUCCAAGCUCAUCAUUGUUUCCCAAAUUUAUCCUGUGAAAAAAAAUUCUGCAAGAUACUUGGUAAAAAUUCAGAUUUCCAGGCCCUGGUGGUGAUUUGAGUUAGUAUUUUUAAAGAAGCACCCCCAGAUGAUUCUGGGACAUACUGAAAGUUCAGAACCAAUUCUCUACUGAUUAUGGCUUAGGAAUACAAAGGGCUGGGAGUAAUGAGGAACAGGAACAGCAAGACUAUAGCACAAGUCACCUAUCAACCAGGUGGGAUGCCCUCAGGUGGGAAAACCCUGAGGUAGAACUAGUUGGAAGACAUUUGCAGUGGAGCUGUAAGAAACAGACAGUUUGGGAAGUAUGUCAGUGACAGUGGGGAUGCAGAGGAAUGAAGAUUUGAGAACUACCCAGGAGAAAAAAUGAACAGGAUGUAAGAAGACAUAGGUGCCAGUUACUAAUUUACAAGGGGGAGGGGGGGUUGGUAAUAUUAUUUCCAGGCAACAAAACACGGGUCAAAUCCAGGAACCUGGGGGAGUUUAUAACCUGAAGGUUUAUAUGGUGAGCCGUAAACCUAAAAAUACAAAGAACUGGAUAAUGUUGGGGUAUAUUUCAUGACUUAAAAAAAAAAAAAAAGACUCCUGCUUACUUCCCAUCCUUGUAGUCUCCAGAACAAUCUUGACAGUUGUGUUUCUCUCUGGAAAGGAGCUGGAUGAAUUCUAAAGCAUCCUGACACCCUAAUAAUCCUUUUAUCUAGACUUCAGGCAAACCUCUGCCUUUCUGUUAUGGUAAGACUAAGUUAUCUUAUGGUAAGAUAACUACCCUGCCUUAUCUUACCGUACAUUUGCUUUUGUUUUUGUUAUCAAAUGUGUAAGACAGUCAUGACUCCUCAGCAUGACUCCCCUUUUAGGGGAGACUGUCUCUUGCAGUUUCAGCAUGACUUUGUUCCUAAAUUCUGAAGCUGCUCUCUCUCUGAGAACCUGCAACCACCUCACAGAUUCACGGCGACUCUGGGAAAUUACAAUAGUACAAGAAAUGCCUUAUCCAGGCAAGGAGAUCAUGAAACCUGGUGUUUGUGGUUUGUGUCUGCCAGCUUCCUUGGUGCAUUGGAGAUUCUGAGGCGAGCAAUCCCUAAACGGAAAAUGAAGAAAAUCCGAGGAGAGCUCUUCUAUUUCCUUCUGCUUUCAAACCUAAAGAGGGUUUUUAUUUUGAAGGCUGCCUUCACCAGACCUGUUGGCAUACUUCUGAAGCAGUAAACGAAGUCAGAAAUCAAAGAUUUAGACGAAGUUAUGAAGAGAAAGCCUCAAAAAGGAGAAUGGGAAGCCGAUCAGGCUAUAAUUUCACAGGGGUAAUUUAGCACCCUUUACAAAGACCUGGCCCCAGAGCGUCCAGGAGUGCGGUUUGGGGAGGGACAAAGCAUCUACAAUUCCAGUCCUUGGCUCCUCUUGUAGCAUUGCUGAGGAAUUUCCAAAUCCUGGGAGUGGUAGAGUCGGAGGUGAAUAGGCCGAAAUCUUCCACGCUGUCAAUGUCAGGGAGGGGUAAAAAGAACAGGCAACUGCGGCCUCAAAGUUUUUUUUUUUUAAUUAGGGGCUUCACUUCUAUGCGAUCUAAUGUCACAACGCCAUUAAGUCACAGUAGCAAGAUGAAAAAAUAAGGGAAAGAGGAAAAGCCCAGCGUGCACGGACCCAGGAAAUGGAUCUUCCCAGCUCCCGCCGCUCGCUUAACUGUUGGGGGCGCCUGGGUGUUCUGCCCGCCGGAGUCGCAGCGGGCAGCCCCCUGCCCGCAGUCCGGGCGCUACCAGCACGGCGCCGCGGCGGGGGGAUCGGGCGGGCGCGCCGCGGACUUCAAAGCCCCGGCGCCGCCUUCGCCCCCGCCCGCGCGCGCGAAUAGUACGGUCCAAGGGGGCGGCUCCUGGGGCGCGGCUCCCGCGGCAGCUGAUGCGCGCCCCGCCGGCCGGGAGGCGGGAGCCCGAGACCCCGAGACCCGAGCCACCCGGCGCCGCGGGCCGGGGCCCUGAGGAGGCCCCAGGAGAGGCAUCUUCCCGGCGGGAGUCGCCCGGCGCGGGGGUGGCCGCGACCGCACCGUUGGGGAAGGAGGACGAGUAGGAAGCGGCGCUGACUGCCGGCCGAGAGGAAGCGCUCCACCCGGGCCCCCGACGGCGCUCGUUUAACCACAUCCGCGCCUCCGCUGGAAACGCUUACAGGCGCCUGUCACCCGUUCCCUCCAUUUUGAAAGGGAAAAAAGGCUCUCCCCCUUCCCCUACUCGUAGGAGCUGGAGUCGGAGGAGCCGCGCUCAUGGCGUUCAGCCCUUGGCAGAUCCUGUCCCCAGUGCAGUGGGCGAAAUGGACCUGGUCCGCGGUGCGCGGCGGGGGCGCCGGAGAGGACGAGGCCGGAGGGCCCGAGGGCGAUCCCGAGGAGGAGGACUCGCAAGCCGAGACCAAAUCCUUGAGUUUCAGGAGUGGCUGCAAGGUGAAGAAAUAUGAAACACAGUCUCUUGCUUUGGACGGGUGUUCUCAGGAUGAAGGAGCAGUGAUCUCCCAGAUUUCAGACAUUUCUAAUAGGGAUGGCCAUGCUACUGACGAGGAGAAACUGGCGUCCACUUCAUCUGGUCAGAAAUCAACUGGGGCCGAGGUGAAAGGUGAGCCAGAGGAAGACCUGGAGUACUUUGAAUGUUCCAAUGUUCCCGUGUCUGCCAUAAAUCAUGCGUUUUCAUCCUCAGAAGCAGGCAUAGAGAAAGAGACGUGCCAGAAGAUGGAGAAAGAUGGAUCUACCAUGACUGGACUGUUGGAGUCAUCUGUGGAGAAGGCCCCCGUGUCUGUGGCCUGUGGAGGGGAGAGCCCCUUGGAUGGCAUCUGCCUCAGCGAAUCCGAUAAGACAGCUGUGCUCACCCUCAUAAGAGAAGAGAUAAUCACUAAGGAAAUCGAAGCAAAUGAAUGGAAGAAAAAAUACGAAGAAACCCGACAAGAAGUGUUGGAGAUGAGGAAAAUUGUGGCUGAAUAUGAAAAGACCAUUGCUCAAAUGAUUGAAGAUGAACAGAGGACAAAUAUGACCUCUCAGAAGAGCUUCCAGCAACUGACCAUGGAGAAGGAGCAGGCCCUGGCUGACCUUAAUUCUGUGGAAAGGUCCCUUUCUGAUCUCUUCAGGAGAUACGAGAACCUGAAAGGCGUUCUGGAAGGGUUCAAGAAGAAUGAAGAAGCCUUGAAAAAGUGUGCUCAGGAUUAUUUAGCCAGAGUUAAACAAGAGGAACAGCGGUAUCAGGCCCUGAAAAUCCACGCGGAGGAAAAACUAGACAAAGCCAAUGAGGAGAUUGCUCAGGUUCGAACAAAAGCGAAGGCCGAGAGCGCGGCUCUCCACGCUGGACUCCGGAAGGAGCAGAUGAAGGUGGAGUCCCUGGAAAGAGCCCUUCAGCAGAAGAACCAAGAAAUAGAAGAACUAACGAAAAUCUGCGAUGAGCUGAUUGCGAAGUUGGGAAAGACUGACUGAGUCUCCCCCUCGUUAGCUCAGCAGGUCUGCAUUUGGCUGCUUCUCUCUUAACCACAGUUAUCUUGCCUUAUCCAGGAAAAAUUGCCCCUUUGCAGAGAAAAAAAAAAAAAAAAAAAAACUUUAAAAAAAAGCACAUGCCUACUGCUGCCUGUCCCGCUUUGCUGCCGACACAACAGCCCUGGAAGGAUCCCUGGAGUAUCGCACAGGCCCGGAAGGAGGGGCGUCUGACCACGGUCCCCUGACAGGUUCAGUCAGACGGGCUGCUAAGUUUAGGGUCAUGAUUUCUCGAUCAUCUUUAGUCCAUUUAAAAGUCUUCUUUUCUUUUCCAAGCUCGUUAAAUUUGGGAUUUUGUGCCUACUACUUGGGCUCAUCUCUGUCCACCACCUAAGUUUUUUGGUGACCUAUUUAUUUCAUCUUUGAAAUUUAAUGUUCAACAUUAGUGGUUUUAUUUGGGGAAAUAAUUUGGCCUAUUGUUAUUUCUGGUUUAUAAGCAAGAAGGGACUCUGAGUACCCGUUUAUACGCGCACACGCACACACACAUUUAUAUAUGCUGCUCUUUUUUCUCUGAAGCAUAGUCAAAUAAGAGCUUCUCCACAGAAGACCGUAUUUCCAUAAAUGUAUAACCCUAUCUUGAAAUAGAAUUGUGGCCUAGAGUGCCAACCUCAGAAUUUAGGGAAUGGUAGGUAUAAAGACCCCAGACUCAGGUUUUACAUCUGGGGGAGACUUUUUGCCAGUGUUUCAUUGUCCUGGUGUUGGGACCCUCCUUGGCCUUGACAGGUGCGGCCCCUUUGGGGUCAGUCCUCAGACCAAACGGCAAGUGGCCCUGGCAGGCAGGAAUCCCUCAAAGCUGGGGUUUGGCGAGUUGGUCCCAAAGCAGUUCAGUCUCCUCUGCUUCUGUUUGUUGCUUCAAAAUCAACAUUUACUCUUUAUUUAUCAUCUUGCUAUUUGAAAUAUACAAAGAAAAUCUACUUGUAAAAAAAAAAAAAAGGCUUAGGUGAUCUUCAGUGAAAAGGUAACUGUAGCCGCGGUAGCAGUUAGAAGGUGAAGAAGCAGUUUUUCACAAGUGUGUUGUGUUGUUCUUCAAAAAAAAUUUUAAGGCAAAAAAAUCCUUUCAAACUUAGAUGGUAGAAUUUUUAACAAAACAGGCUAUAAAAAUCAUGUGAAUGACUCCAAAAAUCACAUUGGGGAUAUUGUUGAACAAAGAGCAUUGAGUCCCAGAGCAGAGGAGUGCGGGAGCAGAGCUGCACUCAAAACCAAACUCCUCAAGCUCUUCCUGCGCUUGGGUCACGGAGUGGGGGCCUUUAAACCCAAGAUGGAAAUUUUCCGCGUGAUGCCGGUGAACUCCCCUCCAUGUGGUAGGCAAAACCAAAUCCAUGCAGUGUUUUAAAGCACUCUUGUUGUCUUAAUCUUACACUCUCUUCACGGUGAUACGCACUGUAUUCCGUACAAGUAAGUUUUCGUACCUUUCUUGUAAAACUCUUGCAUGAUCCAACUUCCGCAACAAAUUGUGCCUCGUGGAGAACCUCUAUAGAUCUUCGAACAUGCAUUUUUUCUUUAGCCGUGUACUGUUCACAUGGGUGCAAUCUUCAGCCCCAGGGAGGUCAGUAGUGUCCUUUAAAGCUAGAAGUCACGUCUUACCGAUAUGCAUUUAUCGUAAUUGGUGCUUAGGCUGUAUUCUAAAGCCUAUUGUCUUAAUAUUUUGUACAAAACAAGAACAGCAGAAAUGAUCUGUGGUUGGAGAAGUGACUUGACAAUCACGUGGGCUUUGAAAGCAGUUCCAUGUGGUCUCUGCACACGGUCAUAGUGCCCAUGGACUGCUCGUGUCUCCAGUUGCUGGAACUGGUUUCUGCUGCCAGUCCUCUGCUCCUAGGGAAACUAACUGUGCAUUUUGCAGAAAGGAACGUUGCUAAACCUUUUUACUGCUGUGUUUUGGUGAGACAGCCAUGUUUAUUUGUUUUGCAUUGAUCUGUUUUAAGCACGAAAGGCUUAUAGUGGUCUCCAUUCUAAAUCCAUGGUCCUCCAUUUAGGCUUCAUGUGCAUAUUUAAAAAGUAGCUGUGUGUUAAAACCAAGGUGACGACAAUCCUUCCCUAGCAUGCUGGUGGAAGAGACCCCGUAAAGAAGCCCCGGUGGGUGAAGUUGCUGCACAAGGAUUACGAAAGGCCCUGGUCAAGUAACUUUUGCCACUGGCCUCUCAGCCACAGCCAGUACAAGGGAAUGUUCUUCCUUCUCAUUUAAUAGAUGGAUAUUCUCCAACAAGAAUAAAAAUGGAGCUGGCAAAUCAAGAGAA